AUGCAGGAAUCGGAAACCCCCAAAUCAGCGCCGGCACGAAGGCGAGCCUCCAAAGCUUGUAUGAACUGUCGCGUCAGAAAGGUUCGUUGCGAUGUUGUCCGAAACCCGCAAAGGUGUACAAACUGCGCGCUUGACGAUGCCGAAUGUACAGUCAUAGCCCGCAGGACCAAAUACUUCCAACAGCAACAAGAAAGCAAAGACCCUGCAGUCACCGGUCCUAUCUCUCCUUAUUAUUUGGAUCAAGCGUCUUUUCUUGAGAUUCCGUCAGACCAUAGCCCUGAAAGCCCAUCAACCUGCUUCGAGAGAAUUGAAGACUUGACAGCUACGGGAUGUACUAAGGUAAACCAGCAGCCAGUGAUUCCAAGCGAGGUAUAUCAUGAUCUUGAACCUUGUGAAGCGCCAGAUAGCACGAUAUCACGUCAAAGGACAGGACCCAACACCAGAUCACAUAUUACAUACUCCUAUUACCCAUUCCUUACCCUUGACAUGUCCGGGCUGGAGCCCGACGAUGUUCACUAUCUUGAGUCUCGCAAUUGUUUGAGUGUUCCUACUCCCGACGCCCUGGAUGACUUCAUUCGAGAGUAUUUUCUGCACGUACAUCCUGGUCUUCCUUUGUUGGAUGAGGCCCAGUUUUGGGCUGUUUACUCUGGUGACAAGGAGCCGUGUGGAGAGCCAACUAUCUCACUAUUCUUGUUCCAGGCAAUGCUAUUCGCUUCAUGCAGUUUCGUCCCCUUCUCGACGUUGAAAGGUCUUGGGUUCACUUCCAGGCGCAAUGCUAGAGAGAAAUAUUAUCUUCGGGCCAAGCUUCUACUGGACAUCUGCUCUGGCAGGGACCUCGUAUCUAAUGCACAAGGGGCAUUGCUACUAACCUACUACGCCACCACACGAGACCGAGCGCGUACAAACUCCAUCUUGCUUGCAACAGCUAUUCAGCUCGCACAAGGCGCAGGGGCUGAUCAGUAUCACAAAAGGCCAGACCAAGAUUCGGCCGAUACCAGUAGGUUGAAACGGCUUUGGUGGUGUUGCAUAGUGCGAGAUCGAAUCUUGCCCCUCGGCGUUCGGAGGCAGUUGCAUAUUGCUUCGAUAAAUCCAGCUCUAGAUCACUUGACGGAGCAAGACCUUGCGAAAGAGAUCGAAGAAUCGCAGGUAUACUCACCACAAACCAAGAGGAGUUUAGUCCAGCUGUUUAUCAGUCUUUGCGAAUUGGCAAUUCCAUUCACCAGUGUGAUUCAGACGGUCUACGGGAUGGGGCAGUCCGCUGCAGAUGCCAUUUCUCCCAUUAUCGAGAACCAAAAGCAGAUUGAAGAGUCUAUUAGAUUCUGUGAGACCAGUUUGAACGCCUGGCUCGACAAGGCCACUAUCCAAUUCCCCAUCCCUGCUGGUAUCAUAAGUACUGAGAAGUCGCUCGUUUUGUAUACAAAUUUGAUCUACAUAUACUAUUACUCCGCACGCGUCGCGCUAUAUCAAUACGAGGCAUUCGUCAUUAGUCUUACCUCGCCAGGAGCUUGUAUGGACGACAAGUUACAACAGACGCGGCUCCAGCUGGAGGAUGCUACACUGGGUAUCACGGACAACCUGAAAGAGCUUGUUCAACUGAAAGUCGCCAGGUUUCUUCCAGUUAGCAUCAUUGCGUACGCAGCGCUGCCACUAGUAUUGCAUAUCCUGGAUGUCAAACUGGCAAGGCUACCGUCACAAACAGCCCGGAAACAGGGUAGACUCAAUAUAUACAUGGAGACGAUGAAGGGACUGCAGAACCUUUACGAUGGUGUUGACGACGUCUGGACUUUCAUUCGGGGCGCUAUUGACUCUGCAACUUCUGGGAUCUUGGAUUCCUUUUCACCAAGGACUGAUGCCAGCCCUAGUAGUGCACUUUGCUCUAAGCCAUUCGCUUCUCUUCAGGCAGCCGACGACUGGGGUAACUUUCUAUUACAGAGGCCUAUUCUCUACUUCCGCCUGUCACGGACUAUUGAUCUUUCAUUGGCUGUUGGAUGUUACGCAGAGGACUCUUCUCUUAGUCUGUUACUGGCUUCAGCGGAAUUUCCAAGUCCGAGUCUAUAUUUUAUCGGUGUUGAUGUUCCUGCUGAAGCUGAGAUUUCUGGUUGCGACAAUGGGCCUAUGGACGAGAACGGAAUCCCCGAGCUUGAUGACAUUUGUGUUGAAAUGAGAUCUGACAUAUUUGAUGAGAUAAGAGACUUCGGUGGAUUUGAGCUGGAUGUUGAUUCUCUUCACACACCUGAGUUUUUGGAUAUGUUUGAACUAGAUUUGGAGGAUGAAUAAACUCCCGAGAUAUGCACGAGCAUUUGGCUCAUUGCUCACG